ACACACAAAGAAUAAGAAUGAAAAGACAUUGAAAUUUGAAAAAAGGAAACUUUUUGUAGUUUCUUCUUUGAAUAAGAUUCAGAGAUUUACUUUGCCUUGUUUUAAUUUUUGUUAUUAUAAUCUUUGCAAACUCCAAAUUCUUAAAGAAAUUAUAUUGGGAUAACACAGAGACUUUGGGAAAGUUUUGCUUCAUUGAUUCUGUAAUGAUAAUAUUGUAAUAAUGCUCUUCAGAAAUGUGAGUUUUCUGAGCCCUAUCAGAGUUACAACUUUGAUGGUCCUCCAAAACGGCAUGGGAGAGAAGAGCAUGGUUAUGGCAUCAAAUGUAUUAAGUAAAGACAGUAUCAGAUGAAGGUGGUGCAAGCAGAAAUAUCUUAGAAAAAAACACUUGCCUUUAAAGAGGUAUGCUCUAUAAGCAGUAGGCCUCUGUUUACUGUAUAUAAUUGUAUAUGUGCAUAUAUGCCAUAUACACAGUACUGUGCAGUACUAUUGUAUAUAUGCAUAUAUACCGUAUACUGUUACUCCUUCAUUAUUCAGAGGUAGAUAAGAUAGUUUCAUAUUAGAUCUCAACUCAACUUCUGACCUUGGGUGUGUGAAGAACAUUGAAUAAUUGAAAUUUUAUCCAGUUUGAUAUAUUAGUAAUUGUUACCUUAUGAUUCCUGGCACCAAAAGCUAUUGUAUGUGUUGAACUACAAUUCUAAAGCCAACAGUACAAGAGCACCCAGAGCUAUAGAAUUAUGUCUUAUGAGAUGAUGAAGAAAUCAGUCCCAUUGCCUUUGGUAAGAUCAGUUUAGAGUGUUUUUCUGGCAAGAAGCCAGUUAAUUAUUAUACCUACCAAAUUUGUGGCCAUAGUUUUUUUGUUGUUGUUGGGGGUAAGAAUACGUGAAAUCUGCAAUGUUAACAAGUUUAAGUGUACAGUUUAGUAGUGUUAAGUAUAUUCACAUUGUUAUGAAACACAGCUCCAGAAUUUUUCAUCUUGUAAACCUAAAACUCUUCCCAUUGAAAAACAACUUCCAUUUGCCCCUCUUGUCAGCCCCUGGCAACCACCAUUGUAUCUUCUGUUUCUAUGAAUUUCCCUAUUUUUAAAUACUUCAUAUAAGUGGAAUCAUCACUGUUUGUCUUCUAGUGACUGACUUAUUUCACUUAGCAUGAUGUCCUCAGGGUUCAUCCACAUUGUAGUAUGUGAUAGGAUUUCUGUCCUUUUUAAGGCUGAAUAAUAUUUCUUUACAAAGCCACAUUUCAUUUAUUACUAGUACUUUUUCAUUAAAGUAUCAAUGAUAUACAAUCUUGUGAUAGUUUCAAAUACACAACUAUUACUGGUAUUUUUAAGGUUGUUUUGCCAAUUCAGUAUUCUUAAGCCCAGUGAUUGGUAGAAGAUGUAAGAAUAAUUCAAAUGAAUUACAGUUUGCUUCAUAGACAUUCCUAUAAAGAGCUGAUUUCUCUCAGAAAUAACUAUUAAUAAGUGAUUUUAGGUAUUCAUUCUGUGGUGUUCGGCUUUUGGCAUAUGCACUGCUUCAUUAACAGAAGAGAUCAGUGCUAUUGUUAAGAGUAGUUUGAAUGUCCUCUGCCCUUAUAUCUGCUGGGUAAAUGCCAUUUUGGCUCAGUAUCUCAUUGCAACUUCCUUCACUCUGUGCAUUCAUUACUUGGAAAUACAUUUGGCUAGUAAACUAUGAUCAGUUUUGGUUUCCAAAUAUAAGAUUGAUUUUUUAAAGUUCAGGAACUAAAAGAAUUUUGACUUCUAUUAAAGCACAUGUUCAUUUUCAUAGUACUUUUAAGCAUAUUAUGGUAAGUGAAACAUCUCUUAUUGGUUAGAAUAUAAAACAAUGCUCCAACUGCUAUACACAGGAAAUUCAAGUUACUAUAAGGAUUUGCUAGGUGAAACAAAUUAGUUACAGCAUUGUUUUACAAAGAAUAAAGAACCCCUAAUUUUAAUUUGUCCUUAGCUGAUCAUCACUGCUUAUUGGAAGUAUUAUCAAAAUUAACUGUAUAAUUAAGAAUGUCUUGAUUCUUAUAUUUGUUUUGCUUUCAAAGAGGAGAGUUUUUAAAAAGAGACAUAAUAUUCUGCCAUUUAUAUUUACAGUACAAGAAACAGUGAUCCAUUUUGUCCUUUGUAUUCAGAUUAUAGAUCUCAGAUAGUAUUUGAAGGAUUUGAGACAACAACAUCCCCAUGUACUCGGUAGUAUUUUAACAUAGUACACAUAAAAAUAUCAGUCUUAUGUGCCUAACUAACUCUGUUACUAGUAAAUAUCUUCAGCUAAUAGUCUCUAGGUAAAAUUAAGUAAAAUUCAACUCCAUUGAAUUUUGCAGUUGAUUAGCCACACUGUUUAAAAAACCUCAGUGGGAAAGAAAGAUGCUAAUUAAGGACACUAAAAUAAGACCAACUCUACAUUUUUCAUUUUGUGUUUGUAUUCAUUUAGCAUGGUUAAAUAUGACUUUUUAAAGAAUAAAUUGGGCUAUUUUGCAUCUUUAUUCAAGUGUUCAAAUUUAUAGUAUUUUCCUGUUUUAAACCUUAAAAUGUUUGAAAUAAUCUUUAAACACUUUUGUUUUUUCAUCGAAGAAAGACUCUUGAGAAUCCUGUCUUAAUAUCCUGCCAAAAUAAUUUUCCAACUUCUUGUUUGCUUUAGUGGAUUUUCAUUGUAGUCCUUGAAAUUACAAUAGGUAAUACAUAGGUUUGAUUUCUCAGGCAGCAGAAUUGAAAGCAGAAUCUGCUAGGUUGUGAAUUCACAUUUUUUUCAUCCUUUAUUAACUCUCUUGAAUGCAGGCCCAGUAGCUCUGUGACAUUUGCAGCUGUGCUGUGACAUCAUAAACCCCAUUGGAAGGGAACCUAGCUGUGCAUUGGAGCUAGUCUACUAGGUGCUAAUCAAAUGCUGGGUUACAACAUUGUGAGGUUUUCCCAGUUAUAAGUGUCAUUAGGAUAUUUUUAAUUUGCAAAGCCAAAUAAGGCUGUCAGUUGUAUCAUCUCAACUCAUUUCAGAUCAACUACUGACUAUAGCAGGGUUUUUGGUUGAUGUGGUGGCCUCAGCAUAAUCCAUGUUUCAGUCAUCCUGUAGAGGAAGAUUGUUCUUCAGGGGAUCUGGAAAAAAAGGUAGCAACACUUGGAGAGAGAGAUGAGUAUGCAGAAUCAGAAGAUGUAAUUGAUUCUCAUAAACGUAGAGAAAUCCUUUCACGAAGACCCUCUUAUAGAAAAAUACUGAAUGAACUUUCCUCUGAUGUGCCUGGUGUUCCCAAGAUUGAAGAAGAAAAAUCAGAAGAAGGAAUGCCAUCUAACAUCGCUACCAUGGCAGUACCUACUAGCAUAUAUCAGACUAGCACGGGGCAAUACAUUGCUAUAGCCCAAGGUGGAACAAUCCAGAUUUCUAAUCCAGGAUCUGACGGUGUUCAGGGACUACAGGCAUUAACAAUGACAAAUUCAGGAGCUCCUCCACCAGGUGCUACAAUUGUACAGUAUGCAGCACAAUCAGCUGAUGGCUCACAGCAGUUCUUUGUCCCAGGCAGCCAGGUUGUUGUUCAAGCUGCUACUGGUGACAUGCCAACUUACCAGAUCCGAGCUCCUACUACUGGUUUGCCACAGGGAGUAGUGAUGGCUGCCUCACCAGGAAGUUUACACAGUCCCCAGCAACUAGCAGAGGAGGCAACACGCAAGCGAGAGCUGAGGCUAAUGAAAAAUAGGGAAGCUGCUAAAGAAUGUCGACGUCGAAAGAAAGAAUAUGUAAAAUGUCUGGAGGGCCGAGUUGCAGUGCUGGAGGUUCAAAACAAGAAGCUUAUAGAGGAACUGGAAACCUUGAAAAACAUUUGCUCUCCCAAAACAGAUUAGUAGAAAUAUUUAACAAUGAACUGAUUGCAAUAUGUCAGUUGCUUUGAAGGCAAUACAAUUAUAUAGCCACCAAGAAUCAUGACUUUUUUCUUUUGUAUCAUUCAUCGUAUUCUCUAAUCUCUAACAUUCCUAAAAUGCUUCACUGUACAUAGUUAACUCUUAGCUGUAACUUCAGUUUUUUAAGAGAGACAAGCUGUAAAAAAAUGUAGGUAACAAAUUCUUAAAAUGCAGUAUUUUGUAAGACUUGUUCCAAUGUCGCAUACUUGCAGUUCCCAACCUCUGUUGUGAAUAGUGUCCUAUACAAUAAAUUUUUUUGCAGGUCUUUAAAAAUCAUUUUAGGAAAGGAUGAUCAAAGGUGAUGCAUCCAGCAGUACGAUAAAAGCAAACCACAAAAACAUACCUCAGGAAAUAACUGAAAGAAUGCAAUGACAUGCCUCUAUGAAAAUAAUAGCCUAUAAAUUAAUUUAUGCCAUUUGCAGACUUUUAUAUUACUCAGUUGCUUUGUGAAGAAAAGAUUGUAUUGCUGUCCUUGAAUGCCACAGUUGAGAGUUUUUAAUAGAACCAUGUUGGUUACACUG